UCCUCUAGCCGGGCUCGCGCGUUUAGCACUGUGGAAAGGAAUCAUGGCUCUAAACAGGUCGCCUUCUGGAACCGGUAAGUGGAUGAUUUAUUGAUUUAUAAACAAACAUAAAGGUUUAGGUUUUAGGGCAGUAUAGGUCAGUUUUAGAUUUUUCUAUGUUUAUCUGAAGAAAAAGAUCUUGGUAAUACAGCUGGCCGCGCGCACCGAGGCUAUGGGAGCGCGUUUGUUUAUUGCGUGCAGACAACUGUUGCGCGUGCAUUGGUUUAAUUAGAUCAUAUAAUCAGAGCUCGACAUUGUCGGAUUCUAUCCCUGAUUUCAAGCUACUACAAAAUCCUUAGUUUCAGUAGUUUUGAGUUGUUUGCACAACACGCCUCUCUCUUCCAUAAAGGGUCAUAUUCUUAUUGAAACAAUAUUUGGAAGACAAAUAUUAAGUCUCGAUUUGUUGGUGAUUUCUGUUAUGCCAGAUAAGUACUGUUUAGAUGAGUUGGUGAAUUUCAUGGCACAUAAGAAGCGCGGAAUGGUGGUGCAUUCUGCAGGGAUAGUGACUAAUGUGAGUGUUUGGAAGGUGUUUGGCGCGCUACAGGGGAACGUUGGCAGCUUGAUAUAAUUAGCAGCGGUAAGCCGGCCUAUUUCAGGCGCCUGCUGUCGCUGGCCAUGGUGCUGAAGUACGCGCACCGAAGCAUCAAAGUCAACGUUCCGUGGGUGCUUAAUUAAAGUGGUGAACGGAGUGUGCUUUGCUGUGGGUGCACCGUGAGUGCGGUGAGUUACAUAAAUACAACACCAGAAGCGCCAUUCAUAUCAUAUCCACAUGUUUGUGCGCGCAUUUGCGCGAGCCAUAAAACCUGCACGAGAGCAAAGACGCUUAACGCCUGAAAGAGUCAUCUAUCCUAGUCUGUUUACCAGAAACAUGGAACGGCGCUCCAGAGCGCCUACGCAACAAACUGCAGAGUGUGGCGCGAGACCUCUCCCAGUUCAGCCUUGAUACCGCCAACGGCAUGCACGAGUCCAGCGCAGGUGAAGAACAACUGGCCUCGGAGCAGGCUCCUGGCUCUCCAGGUAGUCGCAAGGGUGUAUUUUUCUCAGACGGCGUGCGGCGUGUUGACUACGUGCUGGUCUACCACUGCAAGAAACGCAUGUCCCAGAACCGGCUGUCCAUCAUCUCCAACGGCUCCAUCCCUCAGCCAGCGGCCAAUCAGAGGAGGCGCAGCAUCGAGCCAGAGCUUGGGGAGGCGGGGCUAGAGGUGGAGUUUAGCAAAGAGCCCAACGAGUCGGAGAAAGCCCUGAUACGGCAGGAGUUUGAGGCAGGGCUUCAAGGGGCGGGUCUACAGAUUGAGCGUGACAAAGAGCCGAGGACGGUGCGCUUCACGCGGGUCCAUGUGCCCUGGGCAGUCCUCAGCAGGGAGGCCGAGCGGCUCAAGAUCAGAGUUCCAACCAAGAAGACGUACAAGCUGAGGGAGAAGACGGGGCUAUCGGGGAUGAUGGACACAAUGUGGGAGAGGCUGAGGGAGCCCUUUCAGCCCGGGGUCACCAACACGGAGGAGGCCAACAACAGAGUAGUGAAGAUGCCCUUCAACAGAGACAAAUUACACCUGUUUGACAUCACAAGCAAAGAUGACCUGUUUGAUAGUGCAACACGGGGCAGAAUAGUAUGUGAGAUUUUACGACGCACAGCCUGUACACGCACCUGUCAAACCAUGGGCAUCAACACCUUACUUGCCAGAGAAGUGUAUGACUCUGCUUUCCCGUUACAUGACGGUGACUUUGACACUCCAGAUAAAAAGGAUGAGCGAAAUGACAGACAGAUGCUGCAUGAAGAGUGGGCCAAUUAUGGAGUGUGUUUCAAAUAUCAACCAGUCGACCUUAUCAGGCGGUAUUUUGGAGAGCAGAUCGGCCUGUACUUUGCCUGGUUAGGAGUGUACACACAGCUUCUCAUACCUCCGUCAGUACUUGGAGUUAUAGUGUUCAUCUACGGAUUCCUCACUGUCGAUGCCAAUGUGCCCAGCCAAGAGAUGUGUAACGCGGGUCUGAACUUCACCAUGUGUCCGAUGUGUGACCGUGUGUGUGACUAUUGGCCUCUCAACAUUGAGUGCAGUGCGGCCAGGGCCAGCUACCUGUUCGACAACACUGCCACCGUAGUCUUCGCCAUCUUCAUGUCUUUAUGGGCUGCUGUGUUUCUGGAGCACUGGAAAAGGAAACAGCGGUGUUUACAGCACCAGUGGGAUUUGACAGAGAUAGACGAUGAAGAGGAGUUCAUACAGGAGGACCUACGUCCCGAGUAUGAAGAUACUCUGAUGGAUAAGAUACAGAAGAAGAACAAAAAGAAAAAAAAAGAGCCGGAUCCAGUAACAGAUGAAGGGGGCAAACUGCUGACAUCUAAACCAGGAGAGAAUCCGAUGUUUCUGGAAUCUUUGACCUGGAGAGAUCGGUGGACAGGAUACUGCAUGAAUGUUUCCUCUAUUCUGCUCAUGAUUGGGGUGACGUUUUCCGCCGUGACGGGAGUGAUCUUGUACCGGGUGUGUGUGUUUGCCGUGAUGUCCAUGAAUCCUGACCCAGAAGCCAAGGCCAAUGUCCGUGUCACCGUGACGACCACAGCCGUGGUCAUUAACCUCCUCAUAGUUCUCGUACUGGAUGAGAUCUAUGGAGCCAUCGCAACCUGGAUCACUGAGCUGGAGAUCCCAAAGACUGAGGCGGCGUUUGAGGAGCACCUCAUCCUGAAGGCUUUCCUGCUCAAGAGUAUGAACGCCUUCGCCCCUGUCUUUUAUGUGGCCUUCUUCAAGGGCAGGUUUGCUGGUCGACCAGGAGAUUAUGUUUACGUAUUCAAAGACUUCCGUAUGGAGGAGUGUGCUCCUAGCGGCUGCCUGAUUGAGGUCUGCAUUCAGCUGGGCAUCAUCAUGUUGGGCAAGCAGCUCAUUCAAAACAACGUGUUUGAAAUCGCCAUACCGAAGCUGAAGAAGAUGUACCGUGAGUACGAGGAGAAGAAGGCGGGGGAGCUGCUGGAGGAGGGGGAGGACCCCAACCGGGAGCCCCAGCCCUGGGAGAAUGACUACAGCCUGGAGCCCUAUGAGGGCCUCAGCCCCGAGUACAUGGAGAUGAUAAUCCAGUAUGGGUUCGUGACGCUGUUUGUGGCCUCAUUCCCGUUGGCCCCGGUGUUUGCCCUGCUCAACAACGUCAUUGAGAUCCGACUGGACGCUGCCAAGUUCAUCACGGAAGUCCGCAGGCCGGACGCUGUCAGAGCCAAGGAGAUUGGAAUAUGGCACAACAUUCUGAGUGGCAUCAGCAAGUUUGCUGUCAUCACAAAUGCCUUUGUGAUAUCUUUCACCUCGGAGUUCAUCCCACGGAUGGUUUAUCAGUAUAUAUACAGUGAGACCGGCACCAUGCAUGGCUACACAGACUACACACUGGCCUACUUCAACACCAGUAACUUCAAGCCAGGCACCGCUCCCAAUGCCACACAGUACGACAAAGAUCUCAAGAUCUGCAGGUACAAAGAUUACAGAGAUCCUCCGUGGUCCCAUGAGUCCUACCAGCUCUCUAAGCAGUACUGGUCAGUGCUGGCCGCCAGGCUGGCAUUCGUCAUCUUUUUUCAGAACUUGGCCAUGUUCCUGAGCAUGCUGGUGGCCUGGCUCAUUCCGAACGUGCCGCGCUCGCUCAAGGACCAGAUCAAGCGUGAGCGCGCCGCCCUCAUGGAGCUCCUGCUCUCCCAGGAGCCCAGUCAGAGCUCCAGCCGCCGCACGGCACGCUCCCACGAUGCACCGGUCAUCAUCCAGGGCCCCGAGGAGGACCCACCAGGAGGAGGAGGGGGCAGCAGGAGGGACUCCCCGAGUCCCGAGGAGCCCAGCGCGCACCCAGACACCGUAUCCAUGGAGACGGACCUGAGGGAGGAGGGAGAGGCCCAGGGUGGAGGUCUUGAUCCUGAUCCUGAUCCUGAUCCUGAUCCUGAUCCGGAGCCUACUGCAGAUCCAGACCCAGAUCCUGAUGCUAAACCUGAUCCCAGUCUAAACUCUGAUCGUGACUCAAACCUCGAUCUCAAUGGUGACAUAGAAACAUCAAGACAGCCCUCAAAGCCCAAGCUGGUGGCUCAGAGGAGUUUGGAUGCUUCAAGUUCAAUCUCCAAGGAAGGAUCUGAGACCCUGAUGGAGGGAGAGCAGAACCCCAGAACCAAGGCCCGCUGCCGGACCCUUCCUCCCCGCUACAGAGGGCCCGGGCCAGGUGACAGCUCGGCACAAUCGAGCCACUCCUCCGUCUUUACCCACCUGAGCCAGCAGGUGCCGCCCUCGCGCAGCCAGCUGAUGCGGCUGAAGGACCCGGUCAAGCAGUCGUCACAGAGUGAGCUCGCCAGGAGCAUUCUGCGGAAUCGCUCCAGACCGCCCUCGGUGGAUGAGGCGGCUGAGACGGCCCCCAAACCUCCACCCCGACCCCCGUCUGACAUGGAGCUGGCCCAGCGAGGCCUCUCCAGACCUGCCUCACAGAGCCAACUCUCCGAUUCCUCCCAGAGAUCUUCAUCGCGGCCCCCGUCAGACUUCGACCUGAGCCAGAGUGCCCAGAGAGGCCUGACGCGGCCAGCGUCGGAGGCCGAGCAGCUUUGCGAGGUGUCCAGCAGACCAGCGUCACGGCCGCCGUCGAGGCCUCCCUCGGACGUAGAGUUGGCCCAGAGGGUCCACAAGUCUCUCUCGCGACCCCCGUCUGAAGCCGAGCUGGCCGAACCCUCGUCCAGACCUCCGUCUCGACCACCGUCACGGCCACCAUCCAGACCACCGUCAGACGUGGAGUUGGCCCAGAAAGCCGUGAAGUGUCUCUCGCGAACAGCGUCGGAGGCGGAGGCUGAGUUGAUCGACAUCUCCUCCAAGCCUCCAUCACGGUCUCCGUCAAGGCCACCAUCAGACGUGGAGUUGGCCAAGAAAGCCGUGAAGUCACUCUCGCGAACAGCGUCAGAGGCGGAGGCUGAGUUGAUCGACAUCUCCUCCAAGCCUCUAUCACGGUCUCCGUCGAGGUCACCGUCAGACGGAGCGCUGGCCUACCGAGCCUCCAAAGCCCUCUCACGGCCAGCCUCCCAGCACGAGCUGUCCCACGGCACCUCCCGACCUCCCUCCCGACCUCCGUCAGAGAUGGAGUUGGCGCAGAAAGCUUUGUCACGCUCCCCAUCACAACCAGAGCAGCCGUCAGCCACCGCCCCAAAGACUCCUUCAAGGCCCCCGUCGAACAGCGAGCUGGCUCAGAACAUCCUCAAAGCUCCCCCUGCCUCCGACCGGAGCUCCAGAGCCAAGGGCCGCUGCCAGACGCUUCCCCCCAACCAGAGGCCCCCCGAGGCGGGGGAGACUGCCGUCCGAACCAGCCAUUCCUCCACCUUCACCCACCUGAGCCAACAGGUCCCGCCAUCACGCAGCGAGCUCACCCGGGACACACACGUGUAAAGAGAGACCGUGUAGAUGCUGAAGGUGAGGACUCAUAGAGGGGUCUGAGGUCACAGAGCUCAUAGAGGGGUCAGAGGUCACAGAGCUCAUAUCUCUUUUGAGAUUGCAUCUCAUCUGAUCUCCCCCAAAUGGUCGAGAGUACAAAUCCACCAGCCCGGAUGAUUCCAUGAACUGAACUCAUCACUGAUGGUGAGAUAACGUUCCUCUGCUCUCCGACUGAUUGGCUGAUGGGAUGGUUCUCAGAUCCUGGAUUGGUUAGUGAGAUGGUUCACUGUUCUCUGAUUGGUUUAUACAGGAUGAUGGUUGCUAUACAGUUUCUCCUGCUUGUUGAUAACCAUGACAGCCUCUCAAAAUGAAAGCCAAGAGAGAGACUAACAACGUUAAUAUACACAUGGAUGGAAACACUCACACCCCAAACACACCCACACACAAACUUCAUUGUACUAAGACUUUUUACUGUUUUUUUAAGAGGAAGGAGGUGAGGGAUGAUCUGUCUUGCUGGUGUGCUAGAGUGUAAAUCUGAAACUGCAUUUAUGAUGUAGAAUACCAAAGAAAGCCAACCACCCUUUUCUUAGAUAUCCUCCACAUUUUGAUAAUAUCAAUAAAAACUCAUUAUUGUUCUUAAUAAACAUGUUAUUACUGUUCAUAUAUAAAGACAAAGUUCAUAAUAAAAAUAAUCUGAAUGAG